UUCUCGCAUCAAACUCUCCCAAAUCUACUAACCACACACCCAUCACAUUCCCCAACCCCAACUAAUCACACACCACCCUACCCAAUCUCUAACAUCCAAAUAUAGCAGCACCGCACCAAGUUACAACAUGCACCACCACCACCCACUAAUAAAACUCACCAACUCUCUUUUCUAUUCCUCUCUAGGCUCUAGCGCACCCUAGAAGCAUCAUUCAUUCCCAUUCACCAUUCUCCCAAAAGUCAUGACCGCAUACGAAGAUUCCCUGUCCAUCUCUUUGUGAAUAUUUUGUAUCAGAGAUUUUAAUUUAUUGAAAACAUCAUGUCGCAAUCGCCCGCCACCCGCCACUACCUCCGCGCCCUCUCCCGCUGGCCCAAAGACGCUCUCCGUCCCGAAGCCCAAUUCCAAGACGCCAUCCGACGCCGUCUCGAACGCAUAUCCACUGCUGGAAACUUCAAUGAAAAGAAAGAGCUCGGCCAGGUAAACGCAUUGUAUAGUUUAGUUGAGAAUCGGUAUUUGGGGAAGUACCCCCUCACAAGCAAAACCCUCAAACCCGCCAGCAACCCAACAUACUACGAAGAUCUCGUGAAAGAGCUCGAAGAGGCACCGAAUAGGAGUUGGUUUCAACAGCAGGUGAAUAGAUGGAAGGGAGCUUUACGAUUUCAAUGAGUGGUUUACUUAUGUUGUAAACAAAUAUGACGGUGAUGAAUGAAAGGGGAGGGAAAAAGAAGAAGGGGUAAAAUUAGGAUGUAUAUAAAUAGGUAGGAAAUGGAAUGGAAUGGAAUUUCGUAAAUAUUAGGUCUUUCGUACGUUUGAUUGAUUUAUGAGUCUGAUGAUUACAAGAUGUCUGGAGCGAAGGAUGAAGAGAUGGUUGCAUAAG